AUGCCACUGCCGCCUGCAGUUUCAGCUCUUGCACGACAAACUAUCAAGGCCGCCUACGAUGAACUUGACCGCACAAUCACCCUAGGAGACAAACGAGAUUUCCACAAUACGACUCUCCAGCAUGUCCGAAAAGCUGUACUGGACAUCGAAAAUCAACUUGCGGCGAGACAAUCGCUUCGCAACAUGCGCCGUCUCAUGCCUUUAUUCCAAGGGCUUGAACACUAUACAAAAGUGGUCGAGAUUUUAUGCAACGGUACUCCAUUUCUAUCAUGGAUAUGGGCACCGAUCACUCUCAUCCUACGAAUAGCAUCCGAGUAUGGGGAAUCUUUCGAGCAAAUUAUCAAAGGCUAUUCUAGUAUUUCUGAAUCGCUGAAGAGGUUUGAGAUCCUCAGCGAUGCCUUCAUUAGCCAACCAGAGUUUCAGCAUACGUUGGCUGUUUUUUACGCCGACAUCCUGGAGUUUCAUAAACACGCCUAUAAGUUUGUUCGAAGGAGUGGCUGGAAAGUACUGUUCCUUACAUCAUGGGGGCGCUUCGAGAGGAGGUUUAAUAACAUCCUUGAAGACUUGAAGCAACAUGGCUCAUUGAUUGAUCAGGAGGCAAAUGCUCGCGACAUUGCUGAAGCAAGAAAAAUGCGCCAAGAUAUUCGAACAUGGAGAGAAGAGAGCCUUAGCCAGGUCCGCAGCGAGGAGAUCGAGCAAAACGCGAAGCAGUACGAAUCUAUCGCGUCAUGGCUUAAAAUCAAUGAAUCCGAUCAACUGAAUAUUUUUGACUCAAUAUCAUCAGAAGCAGCAGAGUACGAAGGAACUUGUGGAUGGGUCUUGAGAAAUCCAAAGGUCAGCUCAUGGGCUGAUAGCAAACCGGAUACACCCGCACUUUGGUUGAAGGGCUCAGCCGGAACCGGGAAGAGCGUUCUGUGUACCCAACUCGUCAACUUCAUGAAAGGAUCGAAAUUCGUUAUUCGCCACUUCUGCACAUAUCUAUAUGCAUCAUCAACCAUGUAUGAGCAGAUCCUAAAGUCGUUGCUGCUGCAACUUCUCCGAAAAGAUAGCGAUCUCGUCGCUCACGUAUACAACUCAUGCGUCUUGGAAAAGAAAUUACCUACAACUUCAACGCUAGAGCAACUUUUACACGCACUCCUUGCAAGCAUGUCAAGUGAGCCUAACCAGGUAGAAUAUGUUUGGAUCGUCAUUGAUGGGUUGGAUGAGUGCGAGCCAGAUAAGCAGACGCGUCUAGUACGACUGAUCAACCGGAUUACAUCUAAACCCUCCUUACCUGGAAGUACUACCUGCAAGGUUCUCAUCUCAAGUCGUGCUCCUUCAACCCCAUUGGAACGCCUUCGCAACAAGCAAAUAAUUUCCCUUGCUGAAGAGAAGGACAGUUUGCAUGAGGCAAUACGUCAAUAUGUUGGCCAAAGACUAAACUCAUUGGACAAGCGUCUCCGCCAGCUUGAUAUAGGACAGGAUGAAAUCAAUGAGAUCCGGAAAGUGAUUGUGACAAAAGCUGACGGUAUGUUUCUCUAUGCUCGACUCGUCAUGGACUACCUUGCCAGCAACAUCUUUUUCAGCGGUGAGGAAAUAAAAAAAUCAGUGAAUCAGUUGCCUCAGAAGCUCACGGAUUUCUACCAAAGGAUCCUUACGCAAAUCCUAACUCAGUUAGACCCUCGGUCUGUGGAUCGCAUCAGAUGCGUUCUCGGCUGGGUUGCGUUUGCCAAACGGCCGCUCCAAAGGUUCGAAUUAUUGUCUGCAAUUACCUUCAGUUCUGGUGACCCUCAGAUUGCCCUGCUGGCGCCGCAGUACAUCCUGGAUAUCUGUGGGGCUCUUAUCGAAGAAAGACGAGAAUCAUCGUUAGCCUUUAUCCAUAUCUCCGUGAAAGAAUUCCUUCAAACCCUCUCAGGUCACAUCGUUAUUGACAAGCAACAAGCCCUUCACGAGCAUGGAGUAGCAGCCAUCACCUGUCUUCUUUCUGGGCUGAAUGUGUUCGAAAAGACUUAUCCUGAAGAGGACAAAUUUCUUCGGGUAGCCAAGGGUCUACAUGGCUUUCAUAUCUACGCCACCGAGUUUUGGACCGAAUACUUGCUGUCUUAUAGUGUGUUAGGCGAUGCGAGUAGUACGUCCUCAGCUCCAUCUCUGAUUACUCUUGCUUGCCAACUGGCAAAUAAGAUGGAAGAAUUAGGUCCUGCGACCCUUGGUGAAUCUGAGUCGGAACCCAGGCUGAUAGAUGAACGACUGGUAUCCCUGCAACAGCACGCGGUACUUCAGAAGCACGUGGAAAGAGCUUUGAAUGCGAGGUCUCUGCAGAAUCUUGAGUCUAGGAUCUUGCAAGAACAUGCCUCUGAAUGGAACUAUCAGCGCUCGAAAUCCCCCCUUAUCUCUGAGAGGAUCACCAUGAUGCUCGCAUCAUACCAACGGGUUGUCAGUUCAUUACUACGUCAAAACCACUGCCCUGGUCUAUCUGCCGGCGAACUGGAAUUGUUCAAAAUUCACUUUGGGUCUGCUGCCUUUACUUGUAGACUGAGUUCCUGUCCACGGACAACAUUAGGCUUUGAGACUGAGAGACUCCGUUCGGAGCACGAAAUGUCUCACAUUCGAUGCUUCCGAUGCACGUUUCCCGGUUGCCAGUACCCUCCUUUCGUGUCAGCUCGGGCUCUGAAAAACCACACAAGCAAAUAUCACACUCCGAUCACUGAUCGAAAAGCGAUACGUAAAGUUGCAUCGCAGCAACCUAGCCAACGUAUCCAGAGGGGUAUUCAUACGCAUCGUAAUCGACCUCAGCUGCAGCAGCCUGCAGCGAGAGACGCUCAAACUGUGCCUUUAAGCACAUCCAGUCCGAAUCCUGUGGGCGGCCAAGACAUGAAUCAAAGCACUGUUUCAUCAGAUGGUCACCUUUUUCGCCAAGGUACACAGGGACCCGGCGGAAUCGCCCUCAACGAUGUCAAUAACUCUACUGGUAAAGUGGAUAGCCGAGGGGAAAUCAAGCCUAGUCCUAGUGAACAGGCCCAUAAGCAGCUGCGUUUGAUGCCGCUUAAGCAGCUAAACAGGGGGGCCGUUAUGGAGGCCCGCCAGGAGCAGGAUACCAUCGCCAGUUCUUCGGGACAGCGGAGUCCGCGACAAAAUGACCAGUCCAUCCCGAAGGCUUCUUUGCAGCCGAUGCAAGGGGUGGCGCCACCAAAGCAUGCCGACCCCUUCCCCUUUGAGCUUGAGGAGUCUGAUUUCGCUUGGCUCCUCGAAGAAAACAAUGAGCUAUUUGUGGUUGACCCGAAGCAUCCCAUUGAGGACUUUGACUUCGCCCAUUUCCUCAACGAAGAAAACAAUGAGCCACUUGAGUUCCGUCGUGUCGAAUCUACUUAG